CGGUAGUGGACUAGACUUCCGGUCCGUGACCCUGGCGAGUCCUUCUUGGCCCGCAGGGAGCAGUCGUGCUCGCAGAAGCCGGAGCGGACGCCAGCCAUGGUGUGGGGGAGCGACAAGAAGAUGCUGGGCGGCGGGGACCCCAAGAAGGAAGAUGAAGAGGAGGAGGAAGAAUUGGUGGACCCCCUGACCACUGUGAGGGAAUACUGUGAACAGAUCGAGAAAUGCGUGAAGGCCCGCGAGCGGCUGGAGACGUGCACAGACCGCGUGUCUUCGCACCCCAACACUGAGGAGGACUGCACCGAGGAACUCUUUGAUUUCCUGCACGCCCGAGACCACUGCGUGGCUCACACACUGUUCGAAAAUGUGAAAUAAACAUCUGCAUACGCUGUCAGCUGUUCCAGGCUCUGCCUCCUUGGGGGCUUCACAAUGGAUUCACUUCCCAUCAUGUGACCCUGGAUCUCAAAUGCUGUUGUACCAUGUGUCCUGUUAGUCCACAUGAGGCCUUGUGACCUUAGGCUUGGGCCUGGAAUCCAUGUGACUCACAGCAGUUCCAUUGGAAUAAAACCCAGUUAUCUGUG